AUGUCGCGCGUGCUGGACGGCGUCAUAACGCGCGAGUCUGCUGCCGAGCUCGACGCGGCUCCCGGCACGCUCCUCGGCGGUGCCUCCUCCGCGCCGCCGCGGCAGGCCUCGCUCCUCUCCGGCAGCCUGAACCUGCUCAACACAAUCGUCGGCGGCGGCAUCCUCGCGCUGCCGUUCGCCUUUCGCUCCUCCGGGCUCGUCGCCGGCGUCCUCUCCCAGCUCGUCUUCGGAGGCAUGUCGUGGCACGGCUGCAUGCUGCUGCUGCGCGCCGCGAGGCGGGCGGAGCCGGCAAAGGCGACGUAUGAAGACCUCGCUCGCGUGGCGCUCGGGCGACCAGGCUGGCUCGCGUACCACGGCUGUGCCUUUGUCAACUGCUUUGGCUCCUGCGUCUCGUACGUCAUCGUGGCGGGCGAUCCUCCACCUCUCUAUGCUUACGCCGGCCUGUCGAUCGGUCGCCCGCCGCUGCUGCUCCUCGCCGUGGGGCUCGUCAUCUUCCCGCUCGCCUCGCUGCGAGACAUCUCUUCGCUGCGCUUCGCCUCCGGCGCCGCCAUCGCCAUCUAUGCGGUCUUUGUGAUCGCCCUCCUCUGCCUGUGGGCGGACGGCCCUCCGCCGCAGCAGCCGCCCUCCGCCUUCAAGAGCAGCGUCGCCGGGUACGUGCGCGCCGUCCCGAUCUGCGCGUUCGCCUUCAUGUGCCAGACGAGUCUCUUCCCAAUCUACGGCGAGACCGACCAGCCAACCCCCUCCCGCAUGCGCCGCCUCACCGGCGCAGCCCUCUGGCCGCCGCCCUCUCGCUUUCGCUGCGCCGCCUUUGCCGCCGCUGGCUCGCUGUACGUGCUGACCGGCGUCGCGGCGUACUGCCACUUUGGAGAGGACUUGCGGGGCAACGUGCUCCUCAACCUCGCCGCGCUGCCCUCGCCCGCGAUCCGCGCGGUGCGGCUGGCCUUUGCCACCUCCAUCUGCCUGACCUACCCCUGCCUCCACUUCGCGGCCCGCUGCAGCCUCGACCAGCUGCUCUUCCGAGAGAGGCGCGCCGGCCGCCGCGUCCCGCUCACGCUGGCGAUCGUCGGCUCGAGUCUGCUGCUCGCACUGGUGGUCGAGAGGGUCGAGGUCGUGUUUGGCUUCACGGGGGCGGCCGCCUCCACCGCCCUCUCCUUCGGCCUCCCCGCCGCGAUCGACUUGCGGCUCGGCCGCGCCGCCGCGCUGCGGGAGAGGGCGGGGAGCUGGGCGCUCCUGCUCGUCGGCUCCGGCCUGGGCGCCGUCAGCCUCGCCAACCACGCGCGCGACGUGAUCUUGGAGGCCUCUGCGGCGGCGCCAGUGGCAGCGGCAGCUCGUCGAGUUUGGUAA